AUGGCGGAGGAGAACCCUGAAACUCCCACCACCGCCAAAGAUGUUCAACACCAAACAUCCAAAGGCAGCUGGGCUCACGCCGCCUUCCACGUGGCCACCACCAUCGCCACCCCCGCCGCCUACGCCCCUCUCCCCUUCGCCGUGGCCUCUCUCGGCUGGCCUCUCGGGGUGGUGAGUUUAGUUGGAGGGACUCUCUCCACAUGGUAUUCAAGUCUCCUCAUUGCUUCCCUUUGGAGAUGGGAUGGCAACUCCCACACCACCUACACACUUCUUGCCAAAUCCAUCUAUGGAUCAUGGGGUUACUGGUCUAUUGCCUUUUUCCAGCAGGUGGCUUCUCUUGGCAACAACAUAGCCAUCCAAAUUGCUGCUGGCAGCAGCCUCAAGGCAGUGUACAAGCACUAUGAUCCAGAUGGUGGCUUGAAGCUGCAGCAUUUCAUAGUCUUCUUCGGUGGAUUCGAGCUCGCCCUCUCUCAGUUCCCGGACAUUCACUCGCUCAGGUGGCUGAACGCGCUCUGCACCCUGAGCACCAUCGGCUUUGCCACCACCGUCAUUGGGGUGACCGUGUAUAGUGGCGUUGCAGGGAACAGGGGGGAUCGGAGCAUGGUCACGUAUGGCUUGGAAGGGAGUUCGUCUGAUAAGGUGUUCAGGCGCUUCAGCGCACUAGGAGCAAUCGCCUUCUCGUUUGGAGAUGCAAUGCUCCCGGAGAUACAAAGCACGGUGAGGGAGCCGGUGAAGGCUAACAUGUAUAAAGGUGUAUCGUCCGCGUACUCUGUCAUUGCUGUGACCUACUGGCAGAUAGCGUUUCUGGGCUAUUGGGCAUUUGGUGCGGAUGUUGAGCCUUAUAUCGUGGCUUCUCUUACGACGCCUCAAUGGACCCUCGUCGUUGCCAAUCUCUUUGCAUUUGUUCAGAUUUUGGGAUGCUAUCAGAUUUACUGCAGGCCAACAUAUGCAUACUUUGAAGGGAGGGUGGCGGCGGCCAAGAACAGCAGGCUCCGUGGCUGUGUGCAUCGCCUCGUGUACACCUUCGUGUACAUUGCUCUGAUAACGCUUGUUUCCUCAGCCAUGCCGUUCUUUGGGGAUUUUGUUUCUAUAUGUGGAGCUGUUGGCUUUACGCCGUUGGAUUUUGUCUUCCCCGUUGUGGCUUACAUGAAGGCGGGUAAGAUGCCGAGGAGCAGGAAGCUUCGCCUCCCGUUGCUGCUCUUCAACACGGGUAUUGCUGUCUGGUUUUCGAUAGUGGCGGUGUUGGGUUGCGUAGGAGCAGUCAGAUACAUCAUCCAGGAUACUAGGACAUACAGCUUCUUUCAUGAUAUGUGAAACACACUCACACGCUUAGCAUACACAGGCUCUGCUUGUAUCAAACUUACAUGUUUAAUUGCAUUUUCCAAUAUAAUCUUCUUCUUGAUUA